GUUCUCUCUCUUGCUCGGGCACCUAGCCUUCUCGGUGACGAGGGUACCGCGGACCGUGUCGAACGUGGUGUGUCGCUCGUGGUGUGUACGUGAAAACGCGCGCGUCCGCGCGCGAAAGCGAGAAAUAAACGAGCAAAAGGAAAAAACCAGAAAGAAAAGAAACAUGGGAAAUAAUCCUGUUUUCAGGUACGACAGAGAUCGCCGGAGAGCCGCGGAGAUCGUUACAUGCUCCUGACCUUCGAAGAUCCACCUCAGAACAUCAAGGUACAUCGUCGCCACGCGCGUUUUCCCUUCCCUUUCUCUCUUUGUGGUUCUCGCUUUCUUCCCACCACCGUGUUCACAUUUCCUCCCUGCAUUUCGUCUAUAUAGCCUCGACCUGCCGCGCGAGGAUGUUCCUCGAGAGAAGCGUCUGCGCUCUCCCUUUUUUUCUCCCUCUCUCUUUCUCUCUCGAGACGUUUCCGAGUUGGGUUAGGUUCGUUUUAAUGGCGCCGAAUAAUUAAUGCACAGUAGACAUACGAACGAGCGGACAACCGUGUGUCUCUGCUUUGCGUGUUCCUUUGCCUUCCCUUCCACGCUUCGUUUUCUAUCCUGUGCACACGGUUGCGGAAGAUGCGUGUAGUUAGAGGUGCAAAUGGCUGAGAAAAAGAAAUGUUAUCCGCAAGAGGGAAAACGCCACUGGCGCCCUCCCGCAUCAAUAUUUUGCGCGUCAAUUUUGCGAAAUUUAAACGUGACGUGAAUGCGCAAUUUCCUUCUCGCUUUGAGAUCUCAUUUUUGCCACGACAUUAACUUCUCACUCGAUAAAUUAUCCUUGCACAAAGAAUUUUCGGAAAUAACAUUUAAAAUCGAACUUGAAAAUUUGAAUGAUCGAAUAUUUAUAUAGUGCAUUAACUUAUUGAAUAUUUCCUUCUGAAGUCAAAAUUAUUAACAUUUUUUUAAUAUGUGUGUUAUGUAUUUUUAUUUUUUGUGGAUUAUCACUGCUGUUAAGGCAGGAUGGAAAGAAAACUUGGCAACCUUUAUGAAUGAACUUAAAAAUCUACAAUGUGUCGGUUUGACGACAUUAGGGGCUGCUUUGAAACAUGCAUUGGAUGUCCUGAAUAUAAAUCGCAUGCAGACCGGCAUAGACACGUACGGCCAAGGAAGAUGCCCAUUUUACUUAGAACCAUCUGUUAUAGUUGUUAUAACAGAUGGAGGAAAGUAUACAACUAACAGUGGAGUUCAUCAAGAUUUUACACUGCCGAUGCAUUCCCCAAUACCUGGAUCGGAACUGACGAAGGAACCGUUUAGAUGGGACCAAAGGUUGUUUUCUUUAGUGUUGCGUUUAUCGGGAACACCGGCCGUUGAACGAGACAUCGGCUUGGUGGCGAGUGACGCCUCACCAAUAGAUGCGAUGUGCGAAGUAACUGGAGGUCGUUCGUAUUGCAUCACAUCGUUCCGGAUGAUGAUACAAUGUAUAGAUUCUCUAGUGCAAAAAGUUCAAUCGGGCGUGGUGAUAAAUUUUGAAAAAAUCGGUCCUGAUCCACCGCCGUUGACCAACGAAGCACCGCAACAUCAGGACGAGGAAGAGAACGAAGAGGACGGUAACGCGACGAACGGAUCACGUGCUCAGUAUUCGAACGCGCUGGCGCCGGGAAAUACAGCUUGGUAUUCCUGCAGACGUCUGAUUUACGUACCACGAUCGGCCCAAAAAGGAUUCGCUGUAGGUUUUUGGCCGAUCCCCGAGAGCUUCUGGCCGGAUCUGAGCGCUAGUUCGUUACCGCCGCGAUCUGCGCAUCCGAACGUGAAGUUCACGUGUACCAGUCAAGAGCCAAUGGUGAUUGAGAACUUACCGUUCGACAAGUAUGAGCUGGAGCCAAGUCCUUUGACGCAGUACAUCCUGGCGCGGAAACAGCCGACGACAUGUUGGCAAGUAUUCGUUGCCAACUCGUAUAAAUCGAGUGAAGUCGGUCAUCCAUUUGGUUACUUGAAAGCGAGUACAAAUUUGACUUGUGUAAAUCUUUUCGUUAUGCCUUAUAACUAUCCUGUGCUAUUACCGUUGCUAGAAGAGCUCUUCAAAGUACACAGGCAAAAACCGACUCCUGAAUGGAGAGCGCAGUUCCAAGGUUACAUAAGGACCAUGCCUACUUAUUACGCUGCCUCGUUGAGGAGAGCAUUAACCAGAAUGGGUGCAUCUGCACCUUUGGCACAAACAUUGAUACCCGAUAAUAUGGAUAAUUCUUUGUCAUAUAGUGUUUUAAAUUAUCUAAAACGUUUAAAGAAUCAGGCUAAGAUCGAAUUUGAUCGGCUUUGCAAUGAAGUCAUUUCCAAGCAGGUUGCCGUUUCGAAUCUUACAAAGAAUUUAUCUAACUGUACCACAAGUGUAGUGACCGAAGGAGUAAGGGUGGUACCGAAGACACCAUUAAAAAAAGAUUUGGUGUCCCAUCCUUUGUUACAAGAUAAAUUCACGGGUCUCCGCGACCAACUGAACGAGUUCGGUGGCUUCGUCGUCGGACUAAUGAAGAAUCAACAACAGCAACGUGGCGCGCACAGUUACAGGAAUGCCUUUGACGUACCAAGAAAAUCUUUGCUCGAUCAAGUCGUGCGGAUGCGCGCGAAUUUCUUGCAACCCGGCUUAUUGCAUACGAAAUUACUUGAUGACGACUAUGUUCAUUCGAUGCCUUUAGCUCAAAUGGGAAAUUAUCAAGAAUAUUUGAAACGCAUGACUCCACCGUUGAGAGAAAUCGAAAGUGUACCAGUUAGACAGCAUAUGUUUGGCAAUCCAUUCAAGAUAGACAAGAGGAUGAUGGUAGACGAAGCAGAUAUCGAUAUAGUUGGCGCGACAUCCUCGACGUCGAAAGGCGGUCUGAAGCGUACCUUGCCACAAUCGGACAGCGGAGGUUCGGCUUCCCCAAGACCACCGCCUAACAAGAGGAAGCCCGGGCCCAUACCGAAAGACGUGAUCGUGCGACGGCCUUCUUAUAGUAACACUCCGCCUAGUUCUCCGAUUCCUUGGGUGAUGGAGGACACGAAGAAUCAAAUAGCAGUGACGGCAGCAACGGCAGCAGCGACGACACCGGUUGUCGAUAUGAAUGCUCCGCCGAUUUUGACUUGUUUGCCCAACGUGUCGCCGGGUCACGCAUCAUUGCCGUGUUCGAGCGCGUCUGAGAAAUUGGUAAAUGGACUCGCGGAAAUGCCGGUUAUUCCGGUUUUCGAACCGAUCCCGGUGGAGCAUGUUAACAAUCAUAUGGACACGCCACCCGUUUUGACGCCGAUAGUUAACAACGUUGACGCGAUGUCAAAAGGUGAUGUUAAAAGUGAACGGACAGAUAACGUAAAGAAUGAGUGCAGUCGGUUACUUGUUAACGAUUGUAUCGAGAAUAGCGUGCGAGUUGUGGAUAGUGUCGAAGAGAGAUUGACGAAUCACGUGGAGGAGAAACGCGAGCCGAAGUCCGAAAGGGAGAAGAAGCUAACGAAAAAGGAAUUGGAGGAUAUCAGGCGACACAAUUUGAACAUCCGGGAUCUCGUCUAUAAGGAAGUGCGGCGAAGAGGAAAAAAUUAUGCAACACUAUUCUCACACUUACAUCAAGUUCAGGGGACCUUAGAUAUACGACUUGCGUUUGUGAAAGACAUAGUAAAAGAAUCAUUACGCUUUAAACGACGUAACUUGGCGUCGCUGUUAGAAGAGUAUCUUAAGAACAUUCAAGAAGAUGGUUGCGCUUUAAAUCACAAGCUGAAUCACAAUGGUGCCACGAAGAUAAAUUGUUAAGAUAUAUGCGUAAUCAGGGCAUUAUCUUAAUAGAAUAUGAAGGAAAUAUAUAGAUUGUGAAAGAGCUCUUUUAUCAGAGAUUCUAACAGCGGUUUUGAUCUUUUCGAGAUAGAACUGUUUUUAAUGAUCAUUGGAAGAGCCUGCGCAAUCUUGAAGUGUUAGCAAAUUUCAAUAGCAUUUUCGGUGUCAACCAUAGAAAUCAUUCACUUUUACGUUUUACUUUUUAGCUUUGUGAGUGAUCAGUUGGUAGAAAUUCUGAGUGUAUCACUCUGUAGCCAUGAAUUAAAGCAAUAAUUCGUUUACAUUCAUUAGUAGAUAUAAAGAAAAAAAAUGGAGCAAUAUUUUGCCAUAUAUAUCGAAUUCUAUUAUAUUUCUCGACUCUGAUAAUAUGUACAAUUUCUUCUUAAAACUUAAUUAAAUUUUAAAUUUUAAUCCGUAAAGAGAUCUCUUUCAUUAUAGAGAUAUUCUAUGUAAUACAAAAUCAUAAUGUAAAACACAUUUCACACACAGUUCUCUUAUCCUAUUCACAACACGAGUGUUUAUAUAUCGUUACGUGUAUAUACGUUCGCACAUUUGUUUUAUCAUUUAUUACGAUGUAUCUUUUCCAUUAUCUUGGAAUUUUGUCAGACAUCAUUUGGCGCAUACAUUAAAAACGUCUUGGAUGCUGGCAUACAAGAUGAAAAUUGCGCGUAUAAUGAUACAAGAAUGAUAUUGAUCCUAUAUAAGCGCGAAUCCGCAUACAAAACCUUGGAAGUACAAGUGCAAUCAAAUGUAUCAGCAUAAUUCUACCAGCUGCACAGUCCUUAGCGCUCGCGUCGAAUUUAGGACAGAAUAAUUAUAUAUUUUCAUUCUCACAAUUUACAUUUUCUAUUAUAUCUGAUCUAUCAAGCGCUACUUGUGAUCUAUUAUUAAGUUUAAUAAAAUAUCAUAGUUUAUAAUCGUAUUGUCUGUAAAUUUUGUUGUGUACUUCGUCAAUAUUAUAAGAACAAACGGACAUUUAGAUAUUCAGUAUACAAUAACAACCACACUCAUUCACGAUCUCUAUGUAUAAAAAUGAAAACAUAUCUUUUAUUAUGUAUGAAAAAAAAGAUUGUAGAAAGUCGCACAUUAUGAAAAAAUUUAUUGCAUUUUAUUAUGUAAUUCAUUAAAUUAAAAUAUCACAAAGAAAAUGAGAUAAUAGAGAUUCUUAGUUGUAGC